AUGGGAGGAAGAGCGAAGAGGAGGGCCUUGAGCAAGAGCUUGUCGCAGCUCGAGUUCGUGGAGUUGAAAGGGUUCAUGGAUCUAGGGUUCGUCUUCUCGGAAGAAGACAGAGUCGACUCGAGCCUGGUUUCCAUCAUUCCUGGGCUACAGAGACUGGGCAAGAAAAUUAAAGACGGUGAAGAAAACGAUGAAGAUGCCGAUCAUCAUCAAGAAGAUGGUGAUGAGAAAGCGAGUGUUGGUGAGUCUGCAGUUGUUGCACGGCCAUAUCUCUCGGAGGCGUGGGAAUGGUGGGAGGAGAAGAGGAAGGAGGAUCCACUGAUGAACUGGAAGGGUCCUGCUCUUGGGAACGAGACCGACAUGAGAGAGAGUCUCAAAUGGUGGGCUCACACCGUUGCUUCUACUGUUGUUAGAUGA